CAAAGAAAGAGAUUUUUAUAAAUAAAAAGAUACCUGACGAUUGAUAUAUAACAAUAUUUGAAAAUGCUUAAAGAAGAGGCAAUAUUUUAAGUAAAAUACAGAAACCAAAACUGAAUAUUGCAAUAAAGUUGUGUAAAUAUUGCAAUGAAUUUGCACUGUAGAAGUAUUACAAAAUAAUAUUACAAAGUAUAUUAUUAAAGCAGAUUUGUGGAAAGCAAUGUCUUUAUUAAUUGAUGCAAAACCAUCUGUCUUAAGCAGUAAUGUAAGUGAAGAUGUAUUAAACAAAGACAUUUUAUGGAAAAUAGAAAAUGACCUUAGCAUCGAUGAGAAAAUAUCUAUUUUAUUUUUGAUGAUAACUGAUUAUCAACAUAGCUUCAGAGAAAUUUGUGAUUUAUUACAAAACUAUAAAAAUCACAAAGUUUAUAUACUUACAGAAUUUAUAAAUAAACAUCCUGAAAAUUGGAAAAGUAAAUUAUUGGAAUCUAUAUGUAUUAUACAAAAUAGGCAAAUUAUACGAAAGUUGGGAAUAUCAUUUGAAGAUUUGGAUUUAUUGUAUCUGCCAAAAAAUGGAUCAUGUUCUAGAUACUUAAAUUUAAUUGCAAAAAGUCUGUAUUUAUUAUGUGAAGCUCUUUCUGAAGAUAAAAUCAAAUUAUUAAUGCAAUAUGUUAGAACUGAUUUAACUGUAUAUGAAGAAUAUUUAAAAGAUGUAGAUUUUCUUGAAUUACAUAUGUUAUAUUGGAUGCAAGUAAAUUAUAUUUCAAUAUAUCCAGAUGGUAAGGCUAAACUUAAGAAUUUGCUUAAACAUUUAAAGAUUUUCAAAGAUUUAGAGCAUAUUUAUGAAGAUCUGGAAAAAUAUGAAAAUCAUCAAAAUGUGUUAGAUACACAGCGUACAAAUUCUACUAAUAUAUCUCAGAUACAAACAUUUUCCAUGAGAGAAGAAGAAUCUGUGUUGUCAGAUGUGGAAGGAGAAGAUAUAAGAAAAUUAAACAAUGGCCUUUGUAUUAUUAUAAGCCAAAUGCGUUUUUCAGGUCAACAGUUUGAAACCAGAUUUGGAACUGUAGCUGAUCGUAUGAAACUAUCAGAAACAUUCCAAAGAUUUGGUUUUACCAUUGAGGUGUUUAAUGAUUUAACCAAAGAUGAAAUACUGACAACAUUAGAAAAUAUUCCAAAAGACUUUGGUACUGAUUAUGAUUGCAUUUUUGUAUGCAUUUUAAGUCAUGGUUGUAAAGGUGGUAUUAUUAGUGCAGAUGAAAAAGAAGUUAGCAUUGAAGCAAUUGAACAUAAAUUUUGUUGUAUAAAAUUAAAGGAUGUUAUUAAAGUAGUUAUUAUACAAGCUUGUCAGGGAAAGGUGACAGGACAAAUAAAUGAUGAUGAAAUAAGUCAUUUAGUUACAGAUGGUCCUUUAAAUUGUGAAGUUUCAAGUAUUUUACCAUACAAAAAUUUCUGUAUAUUUAUGUCAACUAUGCAAGGUUUCAUAUCUGUUCGUCAUAAAGAAGAAGGAUCUUGGUUCAUACAAGAAUUUUGUAAUAUUUUACAAAAUGGAGGAAAUAAAAUUACAUUCCUGAAGGCUAUUAGAAAAACAAUUCAGUCGGUAAUGAAGAAGAAAGGAAAAUUAAAUGGAACAAAUUCCAUUGCUCAAUUACCUGAAUUGAAAACAUGCAGAUUACUUAUGGAUUUUCAGUUACCAGAUUACCGAGCAGAUAUAUAA